UGCAAAGCAGAGAAAAAAAAUUAUCAUGAAUUUGAUCAUCAUCGACCCAACCGCUUAAACCUCUCUCUCUCUCUAAUCUCCAAUGGUACUACUAUCUUCGAUGACGUCGCUUCUUCUAUUCUUCUUCUUCCUCUACGGCGUUUCUCCGGUUAUCUCCGACGGCUCCGAUCACCGUUACAAGGUCGGUGAUGAUGUUCCUCUUUACGCUAACAAAGUCGGUCCGUUUCAUAAUCCCAGUGAAACAUAUCGAUACUUUGAUCUUCCGUUCUGUUCAUCAGCUCCUGUUAAGGAGAAGAAGGAAGCUCUAGGGGAGGUUCUUAAUGGAGAUCGGUUAGUUAGUGCACCGUACAAACUUGAGUUUUUGGGUGAGAAGAACUCUGAAGUUGCAUGUAGGAAGAGGUUGAGUAGGGAAGAUGUUGCUAAGUUUCGUGAUGUGAUUGAAAAAGACUAUUACUUUCAGAUGUAUUAUGAUGACUUGCCCAUCUGGGGAUUCCUUGGAAAAGUUGUCAAGGAGGGAAAGACUGACCCAUCCGAGUAUAAAUAUUAUCUCUUUAAUCAUCUACAGUUUGAGAUUUUCUAUAAUAAGGACCGUGUUAUUGAAAUUAUUGUUAGAACAGACCAGAAUUUCCUUGUGGACUUGACUGAGGACAAGGAAGUCCAAGUGGAUUUCACAUACACAGUUCGAUGGAAGGAAACCGAAAUUCCAUUUGAGAAAAGGAUGGAGAAAUACUCACUGGCUUCCUCAAUGCCACAUCACUUGGAAAUCCACUGGUUCUCUAUCAUUAACUCAUGUGUCACAGUUCUUCUCUUGACUGGUUUCCUUGCGACGAUUCUCAUGCGAGUCUUGAAGAAUGAUUUUGUUAAGUAUGCACAUGAUGAAGAGGCCGUCGAUGACCAAGAAGAGACUGGGUGGAAAUUGAUCCAUGGUGAUGUAUUUAGGUUCCCCAAACACAAAUCCCUACUGGCUGCAGCCCUUGGUUCUGGCACACAAUUGUUUACACUAGCUGUUUUCAUAUUCAUGCUUGCGUUAGUUGGUGUCUUUUAUCCCUACAACCGUGGAGCAUUGUUUACUGCAUUAGUGGUCAUAUAUGCACUUACUUCAGGGAUUGCCGGCUAUACUGCUGCUUCUUUCUAUUGCCAGCUAGAAGGAACUAAUUGGGUUAGGAAUGUUAUACUGACUGGAAGCCUUUUCUGUGGACCUCUUUUGCUCACUUUCUCCUUCCUUAAUACUGUUGCAAUUGCUUACCAAGCCACUGCAGCAUUGCCAUUUGGGACAAUUGUGGUUAUUUUCCUUAUAUGGGCACUGGUUACUUCACCAUUGUUAAUACUGGGAGGUAUUGCUGGGAAGAACAGAAAAUCUGAGUUUCAAGCUCCUUGUCGUACCACAAAAUAUCCAAGAGAGAUCCCACCAAUGCGUUGGUACCGGAGAACACUUCCGCAGAUGGCUAUGGCUGGGUUUUUACCGUUCAGUGCCAUUUACAUCGAACUUUACUACAUAUUUGCCAGUGUUUGGGGUCACAGAAUAUACACCAUCUAUAGUAUUCUGUCUAUCGUCUUCCUUAUUCUCGUCAUAGUCACUGCUUUCAUCACGGUUGCAUUGACUUACUUCCAACUUGCUGCUGAAGACCAUGAGUGGUGGUGGAGAUCAUUGCUAUGUGGUGGAUCAACGGGCUUAUUCAUAUACGCCUACUGCUUGUAUUACUACUAUGCACGGUCGGAUAUGUCAGGGUUCAUGCAGACUUCCUUCUUCUUUGGCUACAUGGCUUGCAUCUGCUACGGAUUCUUCCUCAUGCUCGGGACAAUCGGAUUCCGUGCUUCCCUUCUCUUUGUCCGUCACAUUUACCGCUCAAUCAAGUGCGAGUAAACUUGAAGAUUAUUCACUCCCUCAACUACUCCUCUUUAGUGGUGUAGGUAAGACAUCAUAUUCUGUUUUGUAUUUAUCUUGUUGAUAUAGAAGUUCAGUUGCUUAAUGUUUACUUUUUAACCUUGAUUGUCGUUGUAACAGCGAUGGUGAAUGAGCAUCAAUCCGGUGAGGUUGUCUUUUUU